UGAUGGGCCUAGCCUACCCCCGGCCCACGCAAACUGCAGAGGCUGGGUGGUAGCCGUUGGCCGCCGCCGCCGCCGCCGCCGCGUGGAGGGGACGAGACCGGCGGUGGAAGCAAAGCUUUGCCUCCCUCUUCCGCUAGCUUUCCUUCCACCGCCACCGUACUCGCCGCAUCGCGCUAGGCUGGAGCCAUGGAAUCCAGCCGCCGCCGCCGGCAAGCAACCCGGGGCAGUCACGCUCACGCCGCGGGGAUGGCCGCGCCGCGCCACCACGAUUCCUUCCGUGUCGCCGCCUCCGCCUCCGCCCCCCUUUAACCCGCGGAGCUGCACGCUGCGUGCGGAUGGUCCGGAGGAGGGGCGACGACGACGCCGCGGCGCGCGAGCUGAGGGGAGGAGGAGGAGGAGAAUGGAGGAGUCGUCGAUCACGCACACGCCCACCUGGGUGGUGGCCGUCGUCUGCUUCGCCAUCGUCUCCGUCUCCCUCGCCGCCGAGCGCCUCCUCCACCACCUCGGCAAGUUCUUGAAACAUAAAGAUCAGAAGGCAUUGUAUUCAGCUCUCGAGAGACUAAAAGAAGAGUUAAUGCUUCUGGGAUUCAUUUCCUUCGUCCUGAGCCUCUCUGAAGGUUUCAUUGUUGGUAUUUGUGUUUCGGAAAAUGCUAUGCAUUUGAUGCUUCCAUGCAAGAAAGAGACUUACCAGCUUUCAGAAGGUGUUAAGCUUUGCAAGAAAAAGGGUGAAGUUCCCCUGUUAUCAGUGGAGGCAUUGCAUCAGCUGCACAUCUUCAUAUUUAUACUUGGUUUGGUCCAUGUUGUGUUCUGUGCUACAACAAUAUUACUUGGUGGAGCGAAGAUAAGAAAAUGGAAGCUUUGGGAGACAGAAAUCCAACAGGAAAUGCAACAGAAAUUACAAAAAAGAGAUGCUACACCUGGGCGUAUUGCACAUAAUCAACAGGGUGAAUUUGUCAGUGAGCGAACAAAGGGGUUAUGGAUGAAGCUGGCUGUUGUAAGCUGGAUAAUUGCUUUCUUUAAGCAGUUUCAUGAUUCUGUGAGUAAAUCAGAUUAUAAAGCACUUAGAUCAGCAUUCGGCUUGAAACAUUUCCCAAGUCAUCCAUCCUUCAAUUUCUACAAGUACUUGAUUCGUGCUCUUGAACAUGACUUUAAGAGAGUAGUUGGUAUCAGCUGGUACAUGUGGCUUUUUGUCAUCCUUUUCCUAUUGCUGAAUAUAAACGGAUGGCAUACAUACUUCUGGUUAGCUUUCUUGCCUCUGUUUCUCCUGCUUGUUGUUGGUGCAAAGCUAGAGCAUAUUAUUACCCGAUUAGCUCAAGAGGCAGCAGCAGUGGCAUCAUUAUCACACGGAACAGAGAGAACUCCUUAUGUAAAGCCAUCGAAGGAACAUUUCUGGUUUGGCAGACCUGAAAUUGUCCUCAACCUGAUCCAUUUCAUCCUGUUCCAGAACUCUUUCGAGAUUGGUUUUUUCAUCUGGGUCUUGGUAACAUUCGGGUUCGACUCGUGCAUUAUGGAGAAGAAGGUGUACGCCAUUUCUAGGCUUGUUAUUGGUGUGCUCAUCCAAAUGAUCUGCAGCUACGUCACUCUACCACUAUACGCCAUCGUUACACAUAUGGACGGAGGCAUCAAGCUGCAAGGGAUUGGGUCGGGCCUGCACGAGUCCGUCGCGGGGUGGGCCCUGGACGCCCGGAGGAAGAAGGAGGAGCAGCAGUCGUCCCACGGCGGCGCCACCACCGGCGCGACGGAGGGGAGCAAUUACAGGAGCGACCACUUCGGGGCCUCGCCGCGCAGCGCCCUGGCGCCGCCGCCACCACCUUCCCCCGACCUGGUCGAGAUCGUCUCCGUCGCCGCCGCCGACGACGACGGCGACGACAGCCGCCACCGUAGGUGAUGAUUGACGAAAUUAUAUUCAUUGUGUCGGGGGCGGCGAUGAUCGAUCUCUGCUGCAUAUGCGUCCGUCGCAUCAUGGAUUCGUACGUCAGGGCUGUCUGUAACGUCAGCGUCGGCGCUAGCUGCCGACGGGACGCGUCGUCCGCCGCCGGCCGAGCCGGCAGGAAGGCAGGCGCGUUGUGACAUGUCGUGUGAGACGCCACAACGCUUGUUGGCUGGCCGGCGCUGGCCUGGCCUGGCUUGGCUUGGCUCGUGUUUUCUUUCUGUGUCGUCCCCGGAGCCCACAUACACACUCGCGCGGCAGGUGUUCCUGAUGGACAUGCCUCCGUAACUCCGUUUUGUAAUAAGAAAAUAAUCCUGUAAAGACUAAAGACAAGGUAGAAGCAGAAUGAGCCUGUGUGGUUGUAUAUAUGCAUGUAAUUAUUAUUUCCUCCUUCUCAAAAUGUUUUUAUCUAGGAUAGCAUUUGAAUGAUCUAUCUUAAUAUAAUGAAUCUUUGUAUAUGAUAUA